AUGAUGAUAACAUAUGAAAAUAAAAUAAUUCUUGCACCAAUGGUACGCAUUGGAACUUUACCAAUGCGACUAUUAGCUUUACGUUACGGCGCCGACAUCGUAUACACUGAGGAACUAAUUGAUUGGAAAUUUAUGCGAUCAAAACGAAGAUACAAUGAUAUUCUUAAUACUGUUGAUUUCAUUGAUCAGACUGAUGGUACUAUAGUAUUUCGAACAUGUUCAGAAGAGAAAGAAAAGGUUGUUUUACAACUUGGCACAUGUGAUGCUGACAGAGCUUUAAAAGUGGCCCAAAUGGUAGAAAAAGAUGUAGCUGCUAUUGAUAUUAAUAUGGGAUGUCCCAAGGAGUUUUCAAUCAAAGGUGGGAUGGGUGUUGCUCUCCUAGAAGAAACAGAUAAGGCAUAUAGUAUAUUACACACUUUGGUAACUAACCUGUCUAUACCAGUUACAUGUAAAAUAAGAAUUUUUGAAACAGCUGAAGAAACAUUAAAUGUGGUUAAAAAACUGGUUAGUGCAGGAAUUAAAGCAAUUGCUAUACAUGGUAGGACACGAAAUGAACGUCCACAACAUGCUGUACACACAGACAUAAUUCGGUAUGUUGCCGACAAGAUAUCCAUUCCAGUAAUUGCAAAUGGAGGUUCCAAAGAGAUUGAGAAUUACAAAGAUAUUCUUAAAUUUAAACAAAUGACUGGUUGCACAAGUGUCAUGCUUGCACGGGCAGCGGAAUGGAACUGUUCUAUUUUUAGAAAAGAGGGCCUUUUGCCAAUGGAUACUGUUAUUAAAGAAUAUCUUAAACUUGCAGUUGAUUAUGACAAUUCACCAUCAAAUACAAAGUAUUGUGUGCAAAAUAUAUUAAGAGAGUUACAAGAGACACCAAGAGGUCGAAAAUUUUUGGAAUGCCAAACAAUGGAGCAAAUAUGUGCAAUUUGGGAUUUAGAAGAAUAUUGUUGUGAAAAACAAUCCAAAUACCAAAAGAUGGGUAUACAGGGAAGAUGGCAAGUCACUCCAGAUGAAUUAGAACCUCCAUACAAAAAGCAAAAGUCUACCUUAGUUUGUUUAGAGGACGUAACACAAAUGCAGGUAUGUUUUAUUCGCGCCAAUUUCAAUGAUUUGAACCUGCCAAAGUCUCAACUACAUGCAUGGGCUGGUAAAAACGGACAUAAAUUACCUGUUUAUGACACUCAACAGGUAGAAAAGUUAUUUCGUACAAUAUUAACAUUCAAUGGCAGAAGAUAUACAUCAACAUUUUGGGAGAAAAACAAAAAGUUUGCAGAACAAGGAGCAGCUUUAGUAUGUUUAUAUCAUCUUGGGGUACUUACAGAGGAAGAUUUAAUUAAGUUUGGGAGCAUAAUAAAAUAA